AUGAGGGGCCUCUUAGUAAAGCCUUUGCGGACACCUGACUUACAGCGUAAACGGCAGCAGCAGCAGCAACCGCAGGGCCGAGUGCUGAGCUUGAAACAGCAGAUCGAGCAGCAGCACCAGCAGCAGCUGGUUCCCUGGGGCAGCAGCCAGCCCCUCAGCGCUUCUCAGGGACGUAACCCUUUACCCAGCAGCAGCAACAGCAGCAGCAGCAACAACACGCGCCAUUUCCAGUCAGGGCUGAGCUCCACUCCCGCCUCCUCAAAUGCAGGACCGCAAGCUGACUGUGUUUCCUUUGAAGACGUGGCGCAGCAGCUCGUCCAAAGAGGCGGAACGGUUCGUCGACUGCGUUUUGGGGGGUUGCGCUCCUCCCGGGGUUUAUUAGUUGGAAAAUUCCCUGAGAGUUUAAAAUCAUGGAAACCGCCGAUCUCCAUCACGCGGGAUGUGCCUUUACUUCCAGAGACAGCAGAGCCACACGCCGUGGCGGCAGCGGCAGCAGCAGCUCCGUGGCGUCUCCGCGAUUCAUCCGAUGUGGUGCAGCCAGAGCAGCAGCAGCAGCAACAGCCGGAGCAGCAGGAGCAACAAAAGCAGGAGCAACAACAGCAGCAGCAGCAACAACAGCAGCAGCAACAGCAGCAACAACAACAACAACAGCAACAACAGCAGCAGCAGCAACCACCCCUUCCGACCCCGGCACGACGGCCGCAGCAAAAGACGUUCUUAACGCGAAAGAACGACGUUGAUGCCUCCUGCUUCUUUCUUCUCGUUGAGAACCAGGGGUCCCUCGAUUUGCUUCCUGUUUCUGAGUGGCUAACAUUUGAACGUGCCGUUGCAACGCAGCAGCCAACCCCAGAGGAGCUAGAGUCCAGGUCUCGAGCGCAAGCCUCGCUAGACGCGCAGCUGACGCGGCGAGCUGUUGGCUUACGACGCGGCAGCGACAGCGAAGAUGAAAGUAGAAAACAAAAGGCAGCAGCAGUAGCAGCAGGAGGGAUAUUUGAAGACGAGCUCGGCCUUGAGAGGCAAAAGAAGAAGCGGCUAAAGAGUUUCCUCAAAGACAAAAAAGGGGGAAAGGGAGCAACAAACGAAUAUAUAAACUCCGCUCUGAGCUUGGGAAAUCUGCGCCAGGAGGCAGUGAGUUGGGACUUUGAAGAAGGAGAAAGAAGUGACGAUGAAGGUGGAGAGACACCUCAAGAAGCAAAAGAAAAUGCUGCUCUGGAUACACUAGAAGGAGAUCCAAUAGAAGACGAAACUGAUGAAGACCCUGAAGACCCCCUUACCUCCUUCGGACAA